AUGUCCGCCGCCGAAAUGGACCACUCGGCCAAGAGGCCGCCCCUCGACAUGGAACACCAUUUCUCUUCCGUCACCAUGAGGCGCAUCCCCAGCAAGAUGAAGGAGUAUUACAAGUACUUCCAGAUCCCGGGCAUCGGAAACCUGGCUGGCGGCCUUCCGCAUUCGAGCUUGUUCCCGUUCGACACCCUUGAAGCGCAGGCGGCGAAGCCCGAGCGCUGGGAGCCGUCGCCGAUCCCCGGGGACGGUACCGCCGGCGCCGGCGCCGCGAAAAAGGACAAGGAGAAGGACGUCAAGGCGGCGCGGCACGUCACCGUCCCCGGGACGGACGCGGAACGCAACCCGCUCCAACGCAUCGACCUGGCGACGGCGCUGCAGUACGGCACGGCCGAGGGGUACCCGCCGCUGCGGUCGUUCGUGAGGCAGUUCGCGCGGGAGCAACUGCACCCGGACGUGCCGUACCUGGGCGGGCCCGAGGUCAUCCUCAGCUGCGGCUCGACCGACGGCUUCGCCAAGACGCUGGAGCUUCUGACCGAUACGUGGGAUCCGGCGCGGGACGCCGCGGCCGACAGGCCCGGCAUGCUGUGCGAGGUCUUUGUGUACAGCCAGGUGCUGACGCAGGCGCUGCCGCGGGGCGUGCAGGUCGUCCCCGUCGAGAUGGACGAGGGCGGCAUGAGCGUCGGCGCGCUGGAGGACGUGCUGGCCGCGUGGGACGAGAGGAACGGCAAGAGGCCGUCCUUCAUAUACACUGUUACCAUGGGCCACAACCCGACUGGCGGCGUCCUCUCGGUCGAGCGCCGCAAGGAGAUCUACGCGGUCGCCAGCAAGUACGACAUUAUCAUCGUCGAGGACGACCCGUACUAUUAUCUGCAGUACCCGUCGGCCGCCGUGGAGGAGGCCAGGUCCCGGGGUGUGGAGGUCCCUCCGCCCUCCGCGCCUUAUAAGCCCGCCAAGUCCUCGGGAUAUCCGUUCAUCGACUCGUUGACCCCGUCGUUCCUGAGCGUCGACACCGACGGCAGAGUCAUCCGUCUCGACACCUUUUCCAAGACCAUCGCCCCGGGAUGCAGGCUGGGCUGGAUCACGGCGCAGCCCGCCAUCAUUGAGCGCCUGUUGAGAAUCACCGAGGUCACGACGCAGCAGCCCUCCGGCUUCGUGCAGUCCACCGUCGCCGAGCUGGUCAUGGGCGAACAGCCCGCCGCGGCGCGGUCCGCCUUCGCCGCCCUCACCGCCCGCCAGAAGCAGACGUUCGAGGGCUGGCAGAUGGACGGCUGGGUGCGCUGGCUCGAGGGCCUCCGUGGCGUGUACGAGCGGCGCAUGAACCGCAUGUGCACGAUCCUCGACGAGGGCGCCUUUCAGCUGAAGCAGUCGACGCCUCGCAACGCCAAGGACGCCGACUGGGGCGUCGUCAGCAAGACGCGCAUCUACGAGUUCGACUGGCCGCGCGGCGGCAUGUUCGUCUGGCUCAGGCUCCGCCUCGAGACGCACCCGCUGUGGAUGGCGACGGGCGGCAAGACGGUGCCGCUGCUCGACGGCGAGCGGCUGUCGACGGCGCUCAUGUUCCUAGCGACCAAGAAGCCGUACCGCGUGCUCGUCAGCCCCGGCCUCAUCUUCGCCGCGACGCCGGCGAUCCGCGCCGAGCGGGGGUGGGCCUACUGGCGCCUGUGCUUCGCGGCCGAGACGGAGGAGAAGGUGGACCUCUGCUCGCAGAAGCUGGUCGAGGCCAUCCAGAGGUUCUGGAGGAUCAAGAAGGUCGAGGAGGUCGAGGAGCUUCUCGGCGACUUCCCCCCGCCCGACAAGGAGGACGAGGGAUUCGGCAACCUGGGCACCUUUAUGGGUUGCUAG